GCGCAGUCAGCGCGACCGCGGAGCAGGCAAUGCGGCCACGUGAAGCACAGAGAAGCGUUGCUUCCGCCUGAGGAUAUCAGGGCUGUAUCUUCUCUCCUCUGGUUGGCUGAUUUUGCCGCAGACGUAGCAGGGCUUCCCGUUUGGUAACACAGUCAACGUGCAUGUUACCAAACACGAAUUUUCUCAGUAAACACGGAGGGGGUUUGUAAGCGAAAGGCACAGCCAAGGGUCACUGACAUGGCUCAUACAUGUAUUCACUGGUUCCGCAAGGGACUCAGGCUGCAUGACAACCCAGCACUGGUGUCCGCUCUGAGGGACUGUAAGCAUCUCUACCCUGUGUUCAUCCUGGACCCUCACCUCCAGAGCGAUACCCAUGUGGGCGUCAACCGCUGGAGGUUCCUCGUCGGAGCCCUCAAAGACCUGGACUGCAGCCUAAGAAAGCUCAACUCCAGGCUGUUUGUUGUGAGAGGCAAACCAGAGGAUGUGUUCCCCGAGCUGUUCAACAAGUGGAAAGUGACAAAGUUGACCUAUGAGCACGACACAGAGCCCUACAGUCUGAGCCGGGACAAAAAAGUCACCGCGCUGGCCAAAGAACACGGCGUCGAAGUCGUCUACAAAAUCUCUCACACUCUCUAUGAUAUAGACAGGAUAAUUGAGGAAAACAAUGGGAAGGCUCCCCUCACGUACAACCGUAUGCAGGCAAUAGUGAAAACUCUUGGCCCCCCUAAGAAACCCCUCCCUGCUCCUACCAUGGAAGACAUGAAAGAUGUGAAGACCCCUUGCUCAGAGAGUCAUGAGAAGAAAUAUGGGAUCCCUGCACUGGAGGAGCUCUGCCAGGACACUGCAGCUGUUGGAGAGGAGCCAUUCCCAGGGGGAGAACAGGAGGCUCUGAGGAGACUAGAGGAACAUAUGAAACGAAGGGAUUGGGUGUGUAGAUUUGAGAAGCCCCAGACGCCUCCAAACUCUUUGAGCCCCAGCACCACUGUUCUCAGUCCAUAUGUCACCUUUGGCUGCCUGUCUGCACGCACCUUCUGGUGGAAGCUGACCGAGGUCUAUCAGGGGAAGAAGCACUCGGAUCCUCCAGUUUCCCUGCAUGGCCAGUUACUGUGGAGAGAGUUCUUCUACACAGCUAGUGUGGGUAUCCCAAACUUUAACAAGAUGGAGGGCAACCCUGUAUGUACUCAAGUGGACUGGGACACUAACCCCGACUAUCUGGCUGCAUGGAGAGAGGCUCGGACUGGUUUCCCCUUCAUUGAUGCCAUCAUGACUCAGCUGAGACAGGAGGGCUGGAUCCACCACCUGGCCAGACACGCUGUCGCGUGUUUUCUCACCAGGGGAGACCUAUGGAUCAGCUGGGAAAAGGGGCAGAAGGUGUUUGAGGAGCUUUUGUUGGAUGGCGACUGGGCUCUGAAUGCUGGGAACUGGCAGUGGCUCUCAGCGAGUGCCUUCUUCCACCAGUACUUCCGGGUCUACUCCCCUGUCGCCUUUGGCAAGAAGACAGACAAAAAUGGAGACUACAUCAAGAAGUACCUCCCUGUUCUGAAGAAGUUCCCGGCUGAAUACAUCUAUGAGCCCUGGAAAGCUCCGCGCAGCGUCCAGCAGGCAGCAGGGUGUAUUGUGGGUAAAGACUACCCACGUCCUAUUGUGCAGCACGAGGUGAUCAGCAAGAAGAACAUCCAGAGGAUGAAGUUAGCUUAUGCCAAGAGGUCCCCAGACCCCACUGAAUCACCCAGCAAAAAGCAAGGUGUAAAGCGCAAGGCUUCAUCUGUUGUCGACAUGCUGAAGAAGAAAGAAAGAAGAGAGUAAUCUUACACAAAUUAAUUCCAGGUAAUAGAGCUAGUGAUAAAACGUUCAUUACAAAUAACUGAAUACAUGGGUUUUGGUGCUCUUCCAGUUCGAAAGCUCUAACUUGACUGCAAGCUAAAGCGGCCAGUCAGAGACUUUUUUUGUGUAUGUGUGUAAGCUGUCAACUAUAUCUAACUUUUUAUUGUACCUAACAUUGUUUUCCAUUUUAUAUUCUGACUACGGUUGUUAUUUUUACUUUUUAUAUUGUAUCUAUCAUAGUUCAGGAGAAUUUUUGAGUGUUGAAUUAGAUUAAGUCAGGUAAGAGUUACACUCGAAGACUGUUUCUUGCCUGGAGAUUAAAUGUAGAUUUAUACACACUGAUGGCAUCAUCUUAUUUGAAGGCUAUAGUUGGCAUCAUGCAGAGCAGUAUGUAUCUGGUCCACAAACAAGGCUUUUUAUUGAUCUGUUCUGAAAUGUAUGUGAAAUGCUAAAAUGCCUUAUUAUUACACCCUAGACGGGACUAUACAGGUGUUUGUAUCCAAUUCCAAUAAAACUGAUACAAAAUAUCAGCCGGAUAUUUUA